AUGAACAGUGGAGAAUCGUUGUGGUUGGAAAAUAACAACAGAAUGGCCAGCGGGAGAUUGGCCAAGAGACAAGAGUCCAAGUUGUCGAGAUUCAUCAGGCAGUUUGAUUCCUCAAAUAUAUCCCCCUCUCAUGGUGGCAUUACCACCAAGACGAUUUCGGCGCCAAUCGCCUUCAACCAUGUGGCACAUAUUGAUGCUACCAACUACAACCACAAUCGCAUCGACGACAUGUCGCUCUCCAACGACGUAGGUCAAAUACAACACACACAACUGCAAGACACGGGAACUGGUGCAGAGAAACCCAAUGUCUCCCAUACUCCUCUGGUCUCCCAUGGCCAGCAGGGAGAUUUACCUCUCAUUAGGGCCACCUCCUUUGGAAGAACCAACCCUGCACCGCCUCCCACCAGAAGCGUCAGUCGACACAUGCCAACCAUACCGCCUUCAAGGUCAGAUCAUUCUAUAAAUACCAUGCUUCAGAAUCAUUCGAGGCACAAUUCCGUCUCCACACUGCCAACUACCAGCAUCUACACUAGCACAUCCUCCACUAGUUUUAGGAUGAGUUUGGCCUCAGAAUCCUCUGCAUCGAUCCCCCCUUCUCCAGCUAUAGAAGACACCAAAAGCAGACCUCUUCUUUUGCUCAAUAAAUCAACAGAUACUUUUAGCCCAGAUGAACACACCCCCACUGCAGUGCUCUUCACGUCUCCUCCCAUAUACGAGGAGGCAGAGUCGCCUCCAGCACCUGCUAGGAGGGCACCGCUGCCUCCAAUAUCGAUUGAUCCAAUUGAGAGGUUCAAGUCCCUGGUGCGAAAACACAACUGUGUUGACAAAUUCUCAAAGUCACCUUCAAAUGCAAACUCAAACUCAAAUUUAGCUUUAGAUUUAGAUCUGGAUCUAGAUAUAUAUCAAGAUUCGGACACAGAGGGAGACGAGGAUACGGUCAAGCUAGAGAAACUUGAGUUGUCGUCUCCAGUGGAGGCUGUGGUUGCAGAGUUUACCUUUCGAAAACAGCUCAAGGAGUUUACAAGGACGAAAAACUGUCGGAAUUCCAUAAUGAUGAUGAUGAAAGUAGAGCAGGAUCCGUCAGAGAGAGAGUACUUGGCCAAACUAUUGGACAAGACCCAGUUUGAGAUCCGCAAGUUUAUAGAGACACUCAACACACGCAACUCGUUGGCAGUCUCAAAUAUGCUCGAGGAAGACCCAAAGGCAUUCUUAGAUUCUGUAUCGUUUGGCGAUACCGACUCCAUUAUUGACACGGACUUCCAAUUCAACGAAACCGAGUCCGAUUUCUUCAAAGACCUCCAAAUAGGGUGCAGUUGCAAUACAUCUCUUGACUCCCUCCGCCAGCUAGAUUUGUAG